AUCAGCUGUGUCCAAUCACAGAUGAUAACAUGGGACAUGUACACUGAUCAUCAGUGUGCCCUGAUGAUCAGUGUGGCCCCAGAAGUGCCUACUGUCAGUGCUCAUCAGUGCCAGUGCCCAUCAGUGCUACGUGCCAGUGCCACAUCAAUGCCACAUAUCAGUGCAUACCAGUGCACAUCAAUGCCACAUAUCAGUGCCCAUCUGAGCUGCCUUUCAAUGCCACCCAUCAGUGCCACCUAUCAGUGCUGCCAAUCAGUG